AUGACAUCUUUGCUUCGAUGUGGUCUAAUCAAUGACGUGAUUGAGUUGUUUGGUCUGAUGAUUGAUGUACGGAUUGGAUAUGAUGAAGUUAGCCUCUCCUCAACUCUGAAAGCAUUGGCGGUGUCUGCUUUUGCUAGUUGCACCAGCUGCAUGUUGCUGCAUUGUCAUGCACUAAAAUCUAGGUUUGAAUCUGAUAAUGCAGUCUCUUGUUCUUUGAUUGAUGCAUAUUCUAGAUCUGGUGAAGUUAAAUUUUAUCGCCAGGUUUUCAAUCAGCUUUCCCUACCAAAUGCCAUUUGUUUCACAUCUAUUAUCAGUGCACUUGCACGAAAUGGAAUAAGAAUGGAAUGGGAAUGGAAUGUAUGGCGGCAUUAUUCAUGUAAGAUUGAUCUUAUGGGUCAUGUUGGUUUACUACAUGAAGCAGAGCAAUUGCUGAAAGAGGCAUCGAGGGAUAGAAAAUCUGCGAUAUGUAUCUCAAUGUUACGGAGUUGCAGGAUUCACCAAAAUGAACAAGUGGGAAAUAGAGCUGCUGCAACACUAAUGAACCUUGACCCAGAUGAUCCGGCUGCUUGGUUACAAGCUUCAAGUUUCUAUUCUGAAAUUGGGGAUUUUGACUCUGCAACACGAUUUCGGGAGGUUGCUGUAGCAACAAAGAUUAGAAGAGAUAUAGGUCAUAGUUGA